UUCCAACGAUUUCGUAAACUGAUUACGUGGCCUGAAGAGGCAAAGCUCCCACCGUUCGUUCUACUAGCUUUCGAAUCAUUUCAUUCGAAUUAUCCCAUUAACUGUCUUGCUUUUAGUUCAUCAAUCAUGUUCGGACAACUCAAAGGCCUUUUAGGAUGUCCAAAAAUGGUAAUUCAUUUAUUAGCUGUCUUUUACUGUAAGACGACACUGGUUUCUAUUGAAGCACUCCGAUCAUCCCGGCCCCGUUCACGUCCGACUGCCACUACCGUCCCACUACCAGUACGGCCAGCAACGACACCGUUACCACCACAACCACGGCCGAUCUUCAACAAACCUUUGGAACCAAAUCCGCCUCAACCCAAUGUACCCAUACCACCGGUGACUCAGCCUACAUGUGGUGUUGCACCAGAUUUCACCCCUUGUGUCAGUUCGGAAGAGGCCAGCCACGCUCUGAUGGAUUGCUGUCGAAGAAAGAACCUUCCAGCUGGCUGUUUGUCGCUUUGCCGCUAUGAUAUCACCCAAGCCGAGGUGCGGUCAGCAAUGGAUCGGGGCUUAUGUGGGAUUUUCAGCGUUGCCCCCUAUCUAGAAUGCGCUUCUCAAGGUAAAGAUAACACGGAAUGCUGUCGAUACAAAGGCCUUGCUCAGAAAACAGGACCUCAAUGCGAACAGUUCUGCCGACCAUCUUACGGGCUAAGUGCCCUGGGUUUGCAACAUAUUGUAUGCGGUAAUGCCAUCGGUGACAUGCUUCAUUGCCACCAUGCAGGAAUUCGACGAUAA